UUUCCAUUCCAAACCUACCACGUUCAUCAUAAACUCCCCCAAACCCUCUCCUCCCUUUCAUGGCUUCCUUCACCAUCUUCCUCCUCUCUCUCCUCACCAUCACCACCCAUGCCACCACCACCUCCCUCUACCUCUCCCCCAAAACCCUCUUCCCAAACUACAACAACAUGCUCAACUCCUUCAAAAUCUUCAUCUACGCGCCACCACCAUCCACCACACCCACCCUUUUCACCACCCCCCAACAGUCCCACUUCUACACCUCUCUCCUCCACUCCCCUUUCCUCACCCAAGACCCUAACCACGCCCACCUCUUCUUCCUCCCCUUCCCUUCCUCCACCUCCACGCGCAGCCUCGCGCGUCACAUCAGAAACAUCCGCAUCAAUUUCCCCUUCUGGAACCGUACACUCGGUGCCGAUCACUUUUACCUCUCAGCCGCCGGUGUUGACUCGUCCUCUGACCGAAACGUCGUCGAAUUGAAGAAGAAUUCCGUUCAGAUCUCCUGUUUUCCCACGCCAUCCGGUUUGUUUAUUCCGCAUAAGGACAUCACCCUACCUCCGAUGCACUCGUUUCAACUAAUAACUCCGUCUGUUAACGACGUUAACGGCGUUAAUGUCACUUAUUUAGGUUACAUGAAACUAACGGCCGGUCAAACUCCGUCAAAUUUAAUCGAAGAAAUUAGUGAUCAUCCUGAAUUUAUUGUAGAAUAUGAGCCGGUGAGCAAAAAGGAGAACAAAAAGGAGAAAUAUAAAAAUAGUAGGUUUUGUUUGUUUGUGUAUGGAUCGGAUAUGACGUGGAUGGUGGAGGCGAUGGCGUCAGGGUGUGUGCCGGUGGUGAUUACGGACCGUCCGAUACAGGAUCUGCCGUUGAUGGAUGUGGUUGACUGGUCAGAGAUGGCGGUGUUUGUGGGGGUAAACGGUGGUGUUAAGGGUUUGAAACGGGUGUUGGAUGGAAUAGAGAAAAGUCGGUAUGAGCGGUUGGUGGAAUCUGGUGUGGCGGCGACACAGCAUUUGGUGUGGAACGCGGAACCGCAGGCGCAUGAUGCGUUCCAUAUGGUUGUUUAUCAGUUGUGGUUGAGACGGCAUACGGUUAGAUAUGCUAGAUGGGUUGAGCAGUAGUUUUUUUUUUUUUUUUUUUUUUCUAUUUUUGGAUUUCGUAUAAGAAGAAAUAAAACUAAACGACAGUAGAGACGUGACUGAGUGGUUAUUGCAUGUAGUACUUAUUUUUUGGGUUUUAGACAUUAUAUAAAUACCAUUUUGUUUGUUUAUAAUGAUAA